UUCCUUCCAUCCAAAAUUAAAUUAUCCAUUUGGAAAUUCCAUUUACAUUCAAAUUUGAUUUCAAAAAAUUUCAAUUAUUUUCUCAGUUAGCUUUAUAAUCAUGGAUUUGGAUAGCAUAAUUGGGUUUCUAGGCCACAAAACUAUCUUAGUUACUGGUGCUACUGGCUUCAUUGCUAAGAUUCUUGUUGAGAAGAUACUUCGGACUCAACCAAAUGUGAAACAACUUUACCUUCUUGUAAGGGCUAGAGAUGCUAAGGCAGCCGACGCUCGGCUUCAAGAUGAGGUGUUAGGCAAGGAGUUGUUCAAAGUUCUAAGAGAAAAAUGGGGGACGAAUUUUGAGAGUUUCGUGUCAGAGAAAAUUAGUGUUGUUGCUGGUGAUACUUCUUAUGAGAACUUAGGCCUUACUGCUCAUCAGAUGAAGGAGAUGUUUGAAGAUAUAGAUAUUGUUAUUAACGUAGCUGCAACCACAAAAUUUGAUGAAAGGUAUGAAGUUGCGUUGGGUGUGAACACCUUAGGACCAAAGCAUGUUGUACAGUUUGCAAAGAGUUGUGCUAAAAUACAGUUGCUUAUCCAUGUCUCAACUGCGUAUGUGUGCGGAGAGAAGGGAGGACUAAUACCAGAAAGCUCGUAUGCCAUGGGUGAGACUUUAAAUGGUGUGACUGGCUUGGAUAUUGAGUCUGAGAAAAAACUUGCUGAACAAACUCUAUGCAAUCUUAAAGCCAAAGAUCUUCCAGAAAAGGUUAUUAGACAAAACAUGAAGAACUUAGGUUGUCAAAGGGCUAAGCAUUAUGGAUGGCCAAAUACAUACGUAUUUACAAAGGCAAUGGGAGAGAUGCUUGUAGGUCAAUUUCGAGGGAAUUUACCUGUUGUGAUCAUGAGACCUACUAUUGUAUGUAGCACUUUGAAAGAACCUUUUCCUGGUUGGGUCGAAGGUUGCAGGACUAUUGAUAGUGUUGCGGUAACUUAUGGAAAAGGAAGCUUAAACUUUUUCCUCGCUGAUAAAAGCUCUGUCUUAGACUUGAUACCAGCUGAUAUGUUUGUGAACUCAAUAAUUGUGGCUAUGAAAGCGCAUGUAAAUCAAUCUAAUUUGACAGUUUAUCAAGUGGGAAGCUCAUACAGAAAUCCAGUAACUUUCAAAGAGUUGCACGAAUUUCAUUUCCAGUACUUCACUAAGAAUCCAUGGUGCAACCGCGAUGGUAUCCCUGUAAAAAUAGGGAGAGGUCUGGUAUUGAGCAAUAUACUCAUAUUUGAAACCAUUCUUUUUAUGUGGCAACUCGUGGUACAAAUGAUCUUAAUCUUUGCAACUAAAAUGGGCUCUAGUAACUUCCAACGUACAUUGUUUAACUUUGACAAAAAGCUGAAAAUAGCAAUGAAGUUGGUGGACUUGUACAAACCCUAUUUAUUCUUUAAGGGCAUUUUCGCCGACACAAAUACUGAGAAAUUGCUAAUCACUGCCCGUGAAAACGGAUUGAAUGAAGAUGUCUUCAACUUGGACACCAUUGGCAUCAACUGGAAGGACUAUUUCAUCAAUGUUCAUCUUCCAUCAAUUGUUAAAUACUUAUUCUAGAUGUAUAGUUUUUUUUGUCAAAUUUGCAAGGCCUUCAUUUUUUCCGGUUUCAUAUUUAAACAAAUUAAACUUAUAAGUAACACGCUUCUCUACUUCAUUCAGAACAAGAUUAACUACAUAAUCACAUAUUCUUAGUUUAUUAUCUUA